AAGUGCGUGGCUCAACGAGAAAAUGGUGGACCACAGCUGCAGUGGAUUUCAAUCGCCCGUGUUGUGGAUUUUUUCUGUUACAUUUGUAGUCAACAUGUGUUUGAUGGUUCUCGGGUUGAGAGCUGUAGACGCGGAGGGUCAAAUUGAAGAUGCAUUCCGUGCAGGAAAUACAGUAUUUUCACCGACCACUGCAGCAGCACGGGAUCUACGGUAUCUUCUCUACGAUGUCAACCCACCAGAGGGCUUCAACCUGCGUCGGGAUGUCUACAUCCGCAUGGCAUCUCUGGUGAAGACCCUGAGGAGACACGGUGACUGGGUGCUGGUGCUGCCCCCCUGGGGGCGUCUCUACCACUGGCAGAGCCCAGACAUCCACCAGACAAGAAUCCUCUGGAGAGAGUUCUUCAGCCUCACCAGUCUUCAGGGCAAUGUGCCAGUCAUAGAAUACGAGGAGUUUAUAGCCGAGUCUGGAGGUCCGUUUAUUGAACAGGUGCUGGUGCUACAGAACUACGCUGAAGGGUGGACGGAUGGAAAAUGGGAGGAGAAAGUGGAUGAGAGACCCUGCGUUGAGCGGUUAAUGUACUCCAAAGACAAACAGGGCUAUUACAGAGGUUGGUUCUGGGGCUAUGAGGAAACCAGGUGUGUGAACGUCACUUGUCUUUCAGCUCAGGGCCACGCCUCCAUGCUGGCACCCCUUCUGCAGAACAACAUCACAUCAACGUCAGUGAUGUUGGAUAGAGCAGAGACUGUCCUCCAUGAUCACUACGCUGGAAAGGACUACUGGAAUACUCGCCGCAGCAUGGUCUUCGCCAAACACCUGCGUCUCCUAGGGGACGAGUUCCGAGCAAAGUACCUGAACUCCACAGACGAGCAGGACCAGACCGUAUACAACGAGGACUGGACUCUCAUUAAGAAUAAGCUGGGUUCUGCCAGAGGGGGGCCGUACCUGGGUGUCCACCUGAGAAGGAAGGACUUUAUCUGGGGUCACAGAGAGGAUGUGCCCAGCCUCAAAGGAGCUGUGAAGAAGAUCAUGAGCCUCAUGAAGAAAACCAAACUAGACAGAGUCUUUGUGGCCACAGAUGCAGAUGAUGAAGAGCUGGCGGAGCUGAAGAUGAUGUUACCAGAGAUGACACGCUUUGAGCCCACCUGGGACGACCUGGAACUACUCAAAGACGGGGGCGUGGCUAUCAUCGACCAAUGGAUCUGCGCGCAUGCCAGGUAUUUUAUCGGAACAUCUGUGUCAACCUUCUCCUUCCGUAUCCACGAGGAGAGAGAGAUAUUGGGAUUUGAACCCAAAACCACCUACAACCGCUUCUGUGGGGACAGUGAGAAAGAGUGUGAACAGCCCACACACUGGAAAAUAGUCUACUGACUCAUCAAUGCAAAACCCCACUCAAGACCUCUUUAAAACAUGCCAAACGCAGUGUUGAAGUAUUUUUUUCAUGUUUUUUUUAUAUAUACGCUACCCUUAAGUUCGGGGUCACUUAGAAAUGUCCUUGAUUUUGAAAGAGAACCUUUUUUUUUUUUGUCCAUUUAAAAUGACAUCAAAUUGAUCAGAAUUACAGUGUAGAUAUUGUUAAUGUUGUAAAUGACUAUUGUAGCUGGAAACGGCAGAUUUUUUUAUGGAAUAUCUACGUAGGUGUACAGAGGCCCAUUAUCAGCAACCAUCACUCCUGUGUUACAAUGGCACGUUCUGUUAGCUAAUCCAAGUUUAUCAUUUUAAAAGGCUAAUUGAUCAUUAGAAAACCCUUUUGCAAGUAUGUUAGCACAGCUGAAAACUGUUGUCCUGAUUUAAAGAAGCAAUAAAACUGGCCUUCUUUAGACUAGUUGAGUGUCUGGAGCAUCAGCAUUUGUGGGUUCGAUUACAGGCUCAAAAUGGCCAGAAACAAAGAACUUUCUUCUGAAACUCGUCAGUCUAUUCUUGUUCUGAAAAUCUCGUACAAGGAUGUGUACUACUCCCUUCACAGAACAGCGCAAACUGGCCCUAACCAGAAUAGAAAGAGGAGUGGGAGGCCCUGGUGCACAACUGAGCAAGAAGACAAGAUUGCCUGCAAUGACAACAAGCUCAGUCCGAUGAUGCUGUGACACACUGCCUCAGACCAUGACGGACCCUCUACCUCCAAAUCGAUUCCGCUCCAGCCUCGAUGUAACGCUCAUUCCUUUGACGAUAAAUGUGAAUCCAAUCAUCACCCCUGGUGAGACCAAACCGCGACUCGUCAGUGAAGAGCACUUUUUGCCAGUCCUGUCUGGUCCAGCAACGGUGGGUUUGUGCCCAAAGGUGACGUUGUUGCCGGUGAUGUUUGGUGAGGACCUGCAUUACAACAGGCCUACAAGCCCUCAGUCCAGCCUCUCUCAGCCUAUUGUGGACAGUCUGAGCACUGAUGGAGGUAUUGUGCAUUUCUGGUGUAACUCAGGCAGUUGUUGUUGCCAUCCUGUACUUGUCCCGCAGGUGUGAUGUUCGGAUGUACCGAACCUGUGCAGGUGUUGUUACACGUGGUCUGCCACUGUGAGGACGAUCAGCUGUCCGUCCUGUCUUCCUGUAGCGCUGUCUUAGGCGUCUCACAGUAUGGACAUUGCAAUUUAUUGCCCUGGCCACCUCUGCAGUCCUCAUGCCUCCUUGCAGCAUGCCUAAGGCACUUUCACGGAGAUGAGCAGGGACCCUGGGCCUCUUUCUUUUGGUGUUUUUCAGAGUCAGUAGAAAAGCCUUAUUAGUGUCCUGAGUUUUCAUAACUGUGACCUUAAUUGCCUACCGUCUGUAAGCUGUUAGUGUCUUAACGGCCGUUCCACAGGUGCAUGUUCAUUAAUUGUUUAUGGUUCAUUGAACAAGCGUGGGAGACAGUGUGACGUAAUUAGGAUUUUUACGAAUUAUCUUUGAAAGACAGGGUCCUGAAAAAAGGACGUUACUUUUUUUGCUGAGUUUAGAUAUUACAUAAAAAAAUCAACCAUUUCCAGCUACAAUAGUCAUUUACAACAUUAACCAAGUCUACUCUGUAUUUCUGAUCAAUUUGAUGUUAUUUUAAUGGACAAAAAAAUUGCUUUUCUUUCAAUAACAAAGUCAUAUCUCAGGGACCCCAAACUUUUUAAUGGAAGUGUGUGUGUGUGUAUGUAUGUGUGUGUGUGUGUGUGUGUAUGUAUAUAUAUAUAGCUUAAAAAAGACACACAUACAUAUAUAUAUGUAUGUGUGUCUUUUAAAAAAAAAAACAUUUUGUGCUAUGUUUGUAUUGUUUUGAGAAUUGUGCAAACUGGGGUCCAUUGACCACUGACUGAAUGUGAUGCUAAAAUGGUCUAGGCAAUCAGAUUAUUUAAAAAUCGCCACUUUUUAAUUUGACCUGUUUACACUCAUUGCACCUUUUCUAAUAACUUUCUAGGUAUGAUAUUGGCCUUUUUUUAGUGUUAUGUGUGACCAAAUCUGGCUGCAAUCAAUGGUAUUUCAAUUGCUGUGCGAUUUUUUUUUUUAAUUUUUUUUAUAAGGGAAUAAUUUUUUUGGUCAUGUAACAUGCAUUGAAAGUGCAGUGUCUUCUAUGACCAAUUCAUACUGUAUUCGGUUGUGAAUCUACCUUAUGUUGCAUUAUGGUGUAAGAUAUUUUGUGAGCUUGAGGAACCUGUUUUUGUUUUGUUUUCCUUUGUGACUAGCCUAUAAUUGAAACUGUGUUGCUUGGUUGACAUUUCAGUCUUCGAACAGAGAAAAACGGGUAUGUGGUUAAAUAUAGUAUGUUGUUGAUCCAUUAUUUUUUUCUCGCAUGACCUGUUUAAGGUAAGUUCAAAGCCAUAUAGUGAACAUUGAUUGACCAGGUAAUUAUGGUAUAGAAUAUGAUCUAUAUUUUAUAUGAUCAGAUAUAAACAACUUAUUUUCAAUGAUUACAGUUACAGUAAUAUUUUUUUUACAGCUAAGAUUAUGAUAAUUUUGGGACUUUUAUUUUUAUCUUUCCACUUGUAUGGCUGUCAUUUUGGAAAUUAUUUCAUUAUAAAUUAUUUUCAAGAGUAUCAAUCAGAGCACAUACCAUAUCUUCAAUGAUUUACAUAAAUAUUUUUCUUACAACAAAUUGACGGACUGACACAAAACAGUCACUAUCACCUGCCAAUAUGUUCUAAGGUGAACUGCAAAAUAUAUAUAUAUAUAUAUAUAUAUAUACAUACAUACACACACACACACACACACACACACAGUACCAGUCAAAAGUUUGGACACCUACUCAUUUCUUUAUUUUUAUUAUGUUCUCCAUUGUAGAAUAAUAGUGAAGACAUCAAAACCAUGAAAUACCACAUAUGGUAUUUAUAUUUUAUAUUCUUCAAACAAGUCACGCUUUGCCUUGACGACAGCACUGAUUAUGCUUUUGGGUCCCAAGGCACUACUGUGUCUCUAACUGACAAUGAAUGGGUGACAUAAACCAAAUAGAAAGUGAUAAUUGUGCACGAGUUCAAAAUUGAAUUUCAAUAAACUGAAUGAUGAGGGCGAAGAAGGUGAUUGAAUUUAGAACAAUAGUGUAAGAAUUGCUAUUCCUCUGUCCUGCAAACUUAGACUAGAAUUAAGGUGUGGAAAUGUUAGGAUUAUUUAGCUUUUACUGUAGUACUGCAGCCUACUCCCGACCAGUGAUGUUGUACAUUGCCCGAGUGGCUCAGCGGUCUAAGACACUGCAUCGCAGUGCAAACUGUGUUGCUACAGAUGCUGGUUUGAUACCCGUGCUGGCCGCGACCAGGAGACCCAUGAGGCGACGGUAGGCUUUUGGUUUCUCUCCCUCUAAAAACAGACAUUUAUAAUUCUAAAUAACAAACUGGCUUUAUUUACAAAUUAGUAACAAUGUCUCACCCCAUGUUCAAAAAUGGCCUUUUUCUCACUCACUUUAGGUUAUUUGAAAACAAUAAUCUCCAAAAUAUUGUUAUUUUUUCAAAUCUAACAAAACAAUCAACAUUGAAUAACUGGCAUAAUUGUGACAUGCCACAAGCAAAUAUGUUCAAUGACGAGGUGGCGAGAUCUUAAAUUUGUUGUGUGGAUUUUCAUUUGUAUUUAUUUCCUGAUGGAGAGCUUUGUCUGUUAGGAUUUACCUGUACGAUGUUCCCGCUAUAUUUUUAUGCAUUUGUGUGUAUGUACAAGUGUUAUUGGAGUGGUUUGGAUAGUUUCGUUGUGAAUCAGUACACGUAUGCACAAUGCAGUCAUCUUACCAUUAUAAACGGGCCUGUGGUUCACCUUGUGAAUAUCUUUUAGUUUUUUUUUAUUGGUCUUCACAAUAAAACACUACCUUAAUCAGGGUCAGGGAAACUGGCCCUAAAUCUCCUUUGGACAAUGACUUGUUACUAAUCUGUUUAUGAACAAGCCUGUGGUUUACAUUGUGCAUGUUUUUUUGUUUCAUAGGUCUGCACCGGAAGCACCAAGUCUGACAGCUGGGAAACCAAAGGAGACAGUUCAGUACCAUUUGAAUCUUGCAAUUGCACCCUACAUGAACAGAUGAGUUAGCUGACAACCUCACGAAAUUGAUGCGCACACUUCAAUGAGUCAGAAGUCCAUGUGUUGUUGUGAUUCUGGAUGGCCAGAAGCUAACCACAAUGACAAGAAGUUGACAUGUGGGGAAUCGUAGGUGGCUCGUUUAAGCUAGUUUUAUGUGGUUCUUGAUAUUAUGUCUUGUUCUGGGUCGUUUUUUUUGACUGAUGUCACGUCUAUGCUAAUAUGGCAAAAAAAUUGCUAGCGAACUAACAAACAAUUGUAACAAUGUAUUUGAGAGACAAAAAGUGCUCAUUGUGCAAAUAUAUUCAUAUUUUCAAUAAACAUUGGAGACUAAAUAUA